AUGGCCUUGGUCACGGUGGGAACCUUUGCAUACUAUUUCUUCUGGCCCAAACACACUUUUCCGCUGCUGGUGGCGAAGAUAUUAAGAAAGGGUCUCUGGGCUGAGUCCAAUAAGGGUGAUGCCGAUUGGGAACUAGCCUUGAAGCAUUAUUUGGAGGCGUUAGCUGAGUGUGACAAGUUGGGCAUGGACAGGUUGAGCGACGAGUACACUGGAAUCCAAUUGAAAAUCGCCGAAAUGUACGAGCGCUUGGGUAUGGACGACGAUGUGGUUUUCAUGCUUACAGAACUCAACACCCAUUACUUGCUUGUGCUUACAGCACCUCCAGACUCUGAGUAUGGUCAGAAGAUCAAGUCACAGUUCCACCGUGAGCACUUGAUUCAAAGAGCAUUGCGGACGAUUUUGAAAGCUGCCGACUUCAUGGAUAGCAUGCCUCAGGUUUUGAGAGCAUCGCUUUUCGCCAAUUACGUCGUGGCUCAUGAUAACAUAGCGCUGAAGAUGGCGGGUGACGUCGUUGCUGCCGCUGUUUCAGGGAACAAAGAGUUCGAGAAGCUCAAGGAACGUUUGCCAUUUGAAAGCAAUCCAGAUGCCUUCUAUCCAUAUGCCGAGGAAUACUUCGCCUUGUGUGACCUCUUGGCCAUUCACAGCUACCAGAUUGGUGACCUUGAAACUGCGCUUUGGGCAAGAAUGCAACUGACGACAGAUAUGAUGGCUGCCAAUAUGGCACCAGACAAGUUGAUGCUCUCGCAGUGUAACACAGCUUCGGCACUUUAUAUGGUGAUGGAGAAAAGAGAGGCAGCGCUUCACCAAUUGCAAAAAAUCUGGGCCGAGAAUGCCGGUGUUUCUGCGGAAUCAUGGACAAACAGGUCCAAGUUGAGCGCUGACGAGAAAGCUGCGCUUGAAAAGAAGGUGUACGACCACUUGACCGAAGAGGACAUCAAGUCACGUAACCACCUUGAGGAUUCCAUAAAGCAGCUUACAGAAACUGCUCUCAUGACAUAUAAGGCCGUGGCAACCGGCUGUGACAAUAUCCCCAUCUCGGCUACAUACCCCGAGAUCAAAGAAACCGCAUCUCUUGCCACCUACGGCAUGGGCGUGAUCCAGCUUCAUACUGGCAAACUAGAUGAUGCAGAGCGUCUUCUUCGAGAGGCUCGUGUGAGGGCUAGAAAAGCUGACUAUCAGAUGUUGAUGCCUGAAAUCGAACUGGAGAUGGAGAAGUUGAAGAAGGAAAGAGCACUUCGUGCAUCGACACCUCAAACGUCGCAGCCGCAGGAAAUCUCGUCUCUGGUUGCUGUGCUGGAGUAA